AUGGGCACAGGGAGGAGGACACAGACUUUCAUGCCGAAUGAAAGUGCACCGUUUGAUCCAAAUCAAUCUGCUAGAAAUUUGAGAAAGAUUCACCUUGGUGGUGUCGUAUUUGGUUGCAAGAACAACACCAUAAGAGAAUGCCUUGUUAAACAACUCUUUGGCUUACCAGCUCAACAUUUUUCAUAUGUCAAGAAUAUUGACCCAGGCUUGCCGCUCUUUCUAUUCAACUACAGUGAUCGCAAACUUCAUGGCAUCUUUGAGGCUGCAAGCUCUGGACAAAUGAAUAUUAAUCCAUAUGCAUGGACUGUGGAUGCUUCAGAGAGAACACUAUAUCCUACUCAGGUUCAGAUCCGUGUCCGGCUGCAAUGCCAACCAUUGCUUGAAGAUCAGUUUAAGCCAGUAAUCAUGGACAACUAUUUUAGUCACAAUCAUUUCUGGUUUGAGCUGGACCAC